UCUUGACAGCGAGGGGAGGUGGUAGUGGCCGUUUGGGCCCCAGGCGUCCAGUCCCCCGGAGCUUCGGAUGGUGGGGCCCGAGGCCCCGGGCUGCUAACGGCCGCGGGGAGGCGGACUUCACCGGUGUCCUCACCAGGGCCUUCCUCUCUUAAAGGGCGGGAAUCCGGGCCGGGCGGAGGAUGAACUGUCGGGCGGAGGUGCUGGAGGUGUCGGUGGAAGGGCGGCAGGUGGAGGAAGCCCUUCUGGCCGUGCUGCACACCGUCCUCCUGCACCGCACCACCGGAAAGUUCCACUACAAGAAGGAGGGCACCUACUCCAUCAGCACCGUGGGCACCCAGGAUGUCGACUGCGACUUCAUCGACUUCGCCUACGUGCGCGUCUCCUCCGACGAGCUCGACCGAGCCCUGCGCAAGGUCGUGGGCGAAUUCAAGGACGCCCUGCGGAGCUCGGGCGGCGACGGGAUGGGGCAGGUCUCCCUCGAGUUCUACCAGAAGAAGAAGUCGCGCUGGCCCUUCUCGGACGAGUGCAUCCCGUGGGAGAUGUGGACGGUCAAGGUGCACGUGGUCAGCCUGGCCACAGAGCAGGAGCGGCAGAUCUGCCGCCAGAAGGUGGGCGAGAAGCUCUGCGAGAAGAUCGUCAACGUGGUGGAGGUGAUGAGCCGCCACGACUACCUGCCCAAGAUGCCCACCCAGUCGGAGGUGGACAACGUGUUCGACACGGGCCUGCGAGACGUACAGCCCUACCUAUACAAGCUCUCCUACCAGAUCACCGACGCGCUGGGCACCUCCGUCACCACCACUGUGCGCCGGCUCAUCAAAGACACCUUGGCCCUCUAGGCACCCCCUCCCCCGGACCCGCGCCCCGGGCACCCGACGGGAUCCGACUCCCUCGUUUUAGCUCCCUUUCCUGGUUUUAAAACAGGAAGGGCCGGGGUCACCUCCUCCUCCCGGCCCCCCGGUAGAGUUUUGACCACCCUCCCCACCCCGCCGUGCUCCGUGCCCACCACCCAGGUCUCCACUUGGCCCGUCCGGAGCCCCGCUUGCCCGGCAAAUAAACGUCUCUGCCGUUCCUCUUCCCCCCCA